CAUCUAUACUUGGUGCAGUAUGUUUUGAAAGAGCAAGAGGGACUCAUGGUUCUCUCGUGUACAUUGUAAAUUAACACGAGACUAGUGUCACUUAUUGCUUUGGUGCAUUUUUGUGUUUCAUCUUAUCAGAGUACAUCUUGACACAGGACAUCAUGAGUUUGGUCAGACAAAAUUUUCACGAGGAUUGCGAGCUUGCCCUCAACAGGCAAAUCAAUUUGGAACUGUAUGCAAGUUACGUCUACCUGUCUAUGGCUUAUUAUUUCGACAGAAGCGAUGUCGCUCUGCCAGGUCUUCACAAAUAUUUUAAAAAAUCAUCAGACGACGAAAGAGAACACGCUAUGAAAUUUAUGAAUUAUCAGAACAAAAGAGGUGGCUGCAUUAUUUUGACAGAGAUCGAAAGUCCGUCAAAGAAUGACUGGCUUUCAGCUAAAGAUGCCAUGUCAGAAGCAUUAGAUCUGGAGAAGAGAGUUAACGAGAGUCUCUUGGAGUUACAUGCUCUUGCAUCAUCUCACAAUGACCAGAACUUCUUAGAUUUCUUGGAAACGGAAUAUUUACAAGAACAAGUGGACUCCAUCAAGGAAAUUGCCGAUCAUGUUACGAAUUUGGAACGAGUUGGUGAAGGACUUGGAGUAUACAUUUUCGACAGAGAACUCAAUGAAUAAAAUAUUCUUUAUUCAUAAUUUUCAUAAUUAUAAUAUAAUUAUGAAUUUUCAUAAGAUUCAUAAUAACGAAAGCAAGAAAACAAUGUGGUAAUUUAGAUAAGGGGAAAAAUAUUGCAUUUAGAUUGUUUCUAUUCAUUGCAUAAUUGCAUUUGAAAGGACUUUCCCGUCAAUCUAAUGCAUACUUCCUAGAAUACCAUUACAGAUUGUUAAUUCCAAAUUAAAUUAGUAGUUUUUAACGCGUUAUUAGAUUUAAUGAAUAUUGCGAUGUACUGCGCAUCAUUCGUAAUAAAGGUUGAUAAUUCUG